UCGUCUUCAAGCGUCUGUGGUCUCUCGCGAUUCCAAAGAAUUUCUCUUCGUCUCUUUCUCUCUAAAACAGUUAUCGAAAUUGAUCGGGAGUAACACAGUUUCCUCCCUUCUUUGGAUUCCCAAUGGAUACCCCAAGCUCUUGGGAUUCCUUGCGAAAACAGGCAAGAAAUCUUGAAGCAGAGUUGGAUGAUCAAAUGCAUUUAUAUCGUAAACUAGUGUCUACAAAAGUCGAUGAUGGAAACGAGAGUAGUAACCUUGGAUCGAGUAUAGAACAGCUACUUAAACACCUACAACAAGUAAUUUCCCAAAUGCAAGCGUGGGUGUCAUCAGGUGGAUCAGAAAUCUUUUCUCAUACAUUGACUCGUCAUCAUGAAAUUCAUCAUGAUCUCACUCAGGAGUUCAAUCGACUUCGUUCUAGUCUUAGAGCUAAAAGAGAGCAUGCAUCAUUGCUUGAAGAUUUUCGUGAGUUUGAUAGAGCAAGAUUAGAUAUAGAAGAGGGUGGUGGGUCCCACGAACAGUCUCUUCUUAAGGAACGUGCUACUCUCAUGAGAAACACAGGACAGAUGGAUGGUGUAAUAUCCCAAGCACAAGAAACCCUGCGUGCGCUUGUGUUUCAACGGUCAACAUUUAGAGGAGUGAAUUCGAAACUUAGCAACGUUAGCAGCCGCCUUCCAACUGUGAAUAGCAUUAUAUCCGCGAUAAACAAAAAGAAGUCUAUGGACACAAUAAUUCUUUCUUUAGUUGCUUCCGUUUGCACGUUUUUAAUUCUGAUUUACUGGAUCACAAAAUAGCAAUAAAUCAUUUUUUUCGUACAUUAUAUAUAUUUUUUAAUUGUAGAAUCAACCAUUUUCAUAGUAAAUUUUUGUUUUGAGUUUUAGUUGUAUAUAUUUGAAG